ACUGGAGGAGAAAGAAGCCUCUCCUUUUCAAGAGUCUUUCCCCAUCCUUCCCCACACCACCGCCGCCCCCAUCACGUACAGAAACCACGCUCCCAAAAGCCAAAACCCACCAGUUCCCUAUGGAGAACGGCGACGAAACCCUCGCUUCCCCUACCGCCGCCGCCGCCGCCGCCGCCGAGAAGACAGCGUCCAACGGAGACGUUGCGGGAGAGGAGGUCACCGUCACCGACGCGGUCCACCCCGCCAAGUCCUACGCCGCUGUCGCCGCCGAGAAGACCGCGCCCAGCGGAGGCGACGCGAGAGAGGAGGUCACCGUCACCGACGCCGUCCACCCACCCAAGUCCUACGCCGCCGUCGCCGCCAACGCCGAGAUCGAGGACCUCCGCGCCACCAAGCUCGAGCUCGAGGAGCAGCUCUCCAACGCCAACCAGGAGAACAAGACCCUUGCCGCGGAGGCCUACCGCCUCGAAGGGAUCUUCUCCCAGGCCCGGGAGGACGCUGCGACCGCCCAGCACGCUGCCGCCACUACCGAGGGGGAGGUGGCCUCGCUCCGCGCGGAGGUCGAGCGCCUCCAGGCCCUCCUCGAAGGCAAGAAACUUGAGCGUGAGGUGGAUGAGCGCCAGCGCGAGGAAUUCGCGGCCGAGGUGGAGGGCGUUCGUCAGGCGAAGCUCAAGCUCGAGAAGGAGAUCGAGGCCCUGAAGGCUUCUGCCGCUGCCGCCAAUGUGGAGGAGAGGGAGAUUGCUCCGGCAGCUGGAGUCCCGAAGGAAGAGGGGAUCGCGUGGCAGGGGAUGGCAGCGGCCGCGGCCGCUGGCGCCGCCGCCACGGCUGCCUUCGUGCUGAUCUAUCUUCGCCUCAAGAGGUAAUCUGGUGCUCUGCUGCGCAGGAAGUUUUGCUCUGCUGCUACAGCCUAUGGGAGGAUGAGUCUGUCGUGGUGAUGCUCGUAAUACCGAAGUGAGAGUAAUAUGACUUCUUAUGAGUUAGUUGCUUAAUAGCCUACCGAAUCAUAGAGAUCUGGAGAUUGGUUAUGUUUCAACGCUGUCUUCGUUUAUCAUGCUACGCACUUCUGGUGAUGAAUGUGUAGACACUUCGUAUGAUGCUCAACUGAGCAACGCUCUAUGCUUGUUAUGUUAUCGUUAUUGGCUUACUGCUUCGGUUCCCACCUUUAUGUCUGUUACGUUGUUGAUGGUUUGUGGUUUGCAUUAA